AUGAGGGUCUUCAGAGUUCUGUGUUCAAGCAAGAUGCUAAAGCAGUGGAGUUUUGCUGUGCUCUUACUGAGCAUUCCUUUACCAGUCCAGGGGCAGCCCAUACAUGCUCUCAGCAACAGAAUGAGACGUUCAGUGAGUCACGCCCAGCUUAUGCAUGACAGAGGACGCCAUACCCAAGACAGAAAAAGACAGUUAUGGCUGCAUGAGAUUUUUGAGCAAGUACACACUGCAAAUACAUGGGAGACUUCCUCUAAUGUGUAUGACAGUCGCAAACCCAUUGCCUGGGGUGCCCCUGCUCCCAAAGCUGGCAGCAGCACCAAGGACUUCAUCUUGGGCUUUCAGAUAGACAGCAUGAGCAGUAUUGAAAGCCUGCCCCAGGAGACCAACAAGGAGCUUCUUUUGCCAGCUCCCACUAAGAAAAAGAAGAGAGUAUGCCUGGGGAAGUGGAAAACCCACAACAGAAAAAGAGGAUGGCCAUGCAUACUUUAG